UUUAAGAAGAAAAAAAGAGAAUAUAUAGGCGCUUUGAUAUAAUUUUCUCUAAAAAAGAUUCUUACUAUUUACAAAUUAAAAAUAAUCCUAUAAACUUUGUCUGUAUUAUUAUUUUUUAUCGAAUGAACUCCCAUUUUUUGAAAAUAUGUUUUCAAGGAAAGCUCUUGUUGGGUAAAUACUGUAAAUACUAAUGGUCCAAUCAUUCUGGAUAAGCGAGUGAAAUCUGUUUUAGUUGCAGGAUAGUUUUGUGCACACUAGAAAAGUGUUAAAAGGGGACCUAAGGUAUAAAUUGAUAUUGGACUUAAGUUAUAGAGCUUAAAAAUUUGGUUAUCAAGUCUUUUUAAAUAUUUUAAGAAGCUAUUUCCGUACUCGUGAAAGGUCUUCAAACAACUUGUACAAAGAGGUUCUCCUUUUUUAGAACUAGGUGCAUACAUUUAUUAAAUUAUCCUUUUUUUUGUUAAAAUGACACACUUUAAAUGAGGUUAUUUUUAGUUGCGUUAUAGGUUAUUGUUGGUUUCCAUAGCUAUGCGAUAAGUUUAAACAAUGUUAAAAUGUUGAAUAUUCUUUAGAUAUGAGUAAAUUGUUGACUAAUGUGUUACGUCAAUCAAAGCAUUUUAAACCAGUGACAAGUAGUAUAUGUAAAACUAUUAAUGUUAGCGUCAAUACACUUUCGCCAUUAGCUGGAGCAUUUGAUAGUCCUGUGACUUUAAAUGCUACAAGUCAAAAAAAUAAUACUGGAUUGUUUGGUAUACCUGAAUUGAAAACUAGUGAAGGUUUUUAUAACUUGAAGGAGAAAGUUUUAGUCUCUGCUAAUGACUUAGUGACGGAAGCUAUACAGAUUUCACCCUCCGCAGAUACUGUGACAGUAUUUGAUACUUUAUCGAAUGAAUUAUGCAAAGUUGCCGAUUUAGCUGAAUUUGUGCGGUUAGCACACCCGGAUGAAGAUUUUGCGAAAGCAGCAGAAAGUGCAUCCUUUGAAAUUGGGGGGUUCGUAGAGAAACUAAAUACUCAUUACGAGUUAUAUAAAGCAUUGAAAAAUGCGUCUUUGCACAAUGCUAACAGUAUGGAUUCAGUUUCCAAAAUUGUUGCAGAUUUGUUUUUGUUUGAUUUUGAACAGAGUGGAAUUCAUCUGGAUGAGCAAAAACGCAAAAUGGCAGUUGAGUUGCAUGAAGCCAUUUUAAUAAUCGGUGCACAGUUUACUCAAAAUACGACUCUUCCAAGAAUGUUUCCGAUCAGUGAAUGGCCACGUGACCUAAAGAUUCCUUAUGCUAUUCAGAACAAUUCUAUUAUUGUUGACGGUAUGUAUAGUGAUUCAAAUGAAGCAAGUCUUCGUGAAUUUUGUUACACAGCCUACAUGUCUCCUUGUAAUGAGCAAUUAAACUUAUUCGAGAACUUAUUACAUAUACGACACCGGUUAGCAUCUAUACUUGGAUUUAACUCCUUUGCUCAUCGAACUCUAAAGGGGACCAUGGCUUCAUGUCCAGAAAAUGUUAACACGUUUUUAGAAAGUACUUUAGAAAUGCUGGAAAGACCUUUACAAAAGGAACUGGACGUUAUAAGGCAUUACAAAAAGACCUAUCAUUCUCUGGAUGAAAGGAAUGUAAAUCCGUGGGACUUAAAACUGUACACUGGCUUAAUAACUUCACAUACAUACAAUAUAAAUUCUAAGAAAAUUAGUGAAUAUUUUUCUGUUGGUGCGUGUAUGGAAGGACUAAAUAUCAUUUUUAAUUCUUUAUAUGGAGUUACUUUAAAUGCUGUUGAAGCUAGCGCUGGAGAGGUUUGGUCACCAGAUGUACAAAAGCUUGAGGUUAAACAUGAAAAUGAAGGUGUUUUGGGAUAUAUCUACUGUGAUUUUUUUCAACGCCCUGGAAAAUUGCCUCAAGAUUGCCACUUUACAAUUCGUGGAGGUAAAUUACUACCAGAUGGCUCUUACCAGUUACCUGUUGUGAGUUUGAUGUGUAACUUUUCACCACCUGCUUUCGAUACUCCGUCAUUGCUGUCUCAAGGAAUGGUUGAAAAUUUAUUCCACGAAAUGGGACAUGCCAUGCAUUCAAUGCUUGGUAGAGCAAGAUAUCAGCAUGUAACGGGAACACGUUGCCCUACUGAUUUUGCCGAGGUACCAUCUAUCCUAAUGGAAUAUUUUGCGAUGGAUCCUAGGAUUAUUCGCUUAUAUGCUAAACACUACAAAACUGGACAGUCAUUGCCGGAAGAUCUCAUGAACGGUUUGAUAUCUUCGAAGAAACAGUUUUCAGCUAUAGACCUACAAGUACAAACGUUCUAUUCUAUUGUUGAUCAAAGGUUUCAUGGCGUUCAUCCACUGGGUAAAUCUACAACUGAAGUUUUGAAUGAUCUUCAUCAACAAUACUCACCGAUAACACAUGUUCCAGGUACUUCUUGGCAUCUUCGCUUCAGUCAUUUCCACAGUUACGCUGCCAAGUAUUACGCAUAUGUAUGGUCAAAAGCUGUCGCGUCCCGUGUGUGGUAUAGCUGUUUCGAGACAGAUCCUUUAUCGCGUACUACCGGAGAGCGGUACCGUAACGCGAUGUUACGACAUGGCGGCGGAAAACCUCCACUAGAGAUGGUCGAAGAUAUGCUUGGAAGUAAGGUUACUACAGACGAUUUGGUUAGUUCAUUGUAUGAAGAUGUGACAAAAAAUUCUGAAUAAAAGUUAACAGUUUUUAGUUAUAUAUAACGUGAAUAUACUUUUCGAAAACCCCAGAUAUCUUCGAAUGUUUAUUAUGUGCUUUUAUGUAUUGAACUUGACAUGAGAAACUUCGGGGGCUAAAUGAUGAUUUCAUUUUGA